GAGGUUUCAAAUGAUAGUUUCGAUAGGUUAGAGUUAGGGAUUAGUGAUAAUGAUCCAAGCACCAGCAGAGCAAGUGGUAAUAGGUUUGAGGAUUUUUGUGAUAGCGAUAACGAAACCAAUAGUAGGUAUUUGUUUGAAGAAGAUUUUCAAUGUGUUGAGGAGGUUGAGGACCAGUCCGAUAAAGUGGUCGAAUUGAAGGCGUGGGCAAUUAGAAAUAAUAUUUCUCAAAAUGCUCUCACUGACCUGCUUCAAACUUUAGAUAGAGUUGGUGUUAAUGGCUUGCCAUUAUCAGCGAAAACCCUCCUCGGAACAAUGCGAGAAAAAGUUUGCGUUGAAGCCAUACCAGGUGGAGAGUUUUUGUAUUUUGGAAUAGAAGAAAACUUAAAUUCUCAAGAAUUUGACUUCUUAGAAAAUUACGAAAAGGUGGAUAUUGACGUUGGAAUAGACGGACUGCAAUUAACAAAGUCGUCAAAAAAUUGUCUGUGGCCUGUCAUGGGUUCAAUAGCCAAUUAUCCUCAUAUUAGUCCGUUUUUAAUUGCCUGCUUCCAAGGAAGAAGCAAACCAAAUAACCCUGAAGAUUUCCUUAGAGAUUUUUGUAAUGAGGUAGGUCUUCUUAGAGCAAACGGACUGAAAGUAGGUAGAAAUCAGUUAAUAAAACAGUUCGAUAUUAGGUCCUUUACCUGUGAUUCCCCUGCUCGCGCCUUUGUGACUGGAGUUAUUUCUCAUACAGGGAAAAAUUGUUGUCCAAAAUGUGUAUGCUCAAGUCGUUAUCUAAAAGGGAGAGUUAGUUUUUCAACCAAUGUGGGAUCAGCGCGAACUGAUGAAAGUUUUAGAAUUAGGAGAGAUGGGGAACAUCAUAGAUUAGAGUAUAGGGAGAAAGAAGUUAUAUUAGAAUCUGCAAAUUUUAAUAUGGUUUCACAGUUUCCUUUGGAACCAAUGCAUUUAGUAGACUUAGGUGUAAUGAAAAAAUUAUUAAAAUUGCUUAUUUCUAAAGGAAAUAUUUCCGUAAUGAAUGAGAAGCUGCGUUAUUUGGCAAAAUAUGUGCCGUCCGAAUUUUGUCGAAUAGUGCGUGACUUUAAUGAAAUAAGCAAUUGGAAAUCAACAGAGUUCCGACAAUUUUUGCUAUAUACAGGUAUAUUUGUUUUAAAAGACUGCAUUGAUGAAUGCCUGUACUAUCAUUUUCUUUUGCUUCAUGUCGGAAUUCGACUUCUUUCAUAUGAGCAGUCAGAAGAACACCAAUUAAAUGUAGCUGACAAAAUUUUGCAAGAAUUUGUUAAUUUGUUUUCAAGUAUACACGGCGAACACCUAAUCAGUUUUAAUGUACACGGCUUAUUACAUUUAACUGACUGCGUAAGACGGUUUGGCGCGAUUGAUAAUUUCUCCGCAUAUAUGUAAGUUUGAGAAUUAUAUGCAAACAUUGAAGAAAAUGAUAAAAAAGCCGGAUAAAGUAUUGCAGCAAUUAAAAAAUAGAUAUUAUGAGAGAAAGAAUAUGUAUGCAGCUUCUAGUAAAGUUUCAAAAUUUGGGGUAUUUUCGUUAGAUUUUAAAAAAGAUAAGGAUAGCUUUUGUUAUUCAGAGAAAACAGGGCCGAUAAAACUCAUUGGCGAAAAAAUAGAGGGCGAUGUUUUUAUAGGCCUUCUUUUUUCUGAGACUUACGAUUAUUUUCAAGAGCCAAUUGCUUCUGCAGAUUUAGGCAUACUUGUAGGUAAAGUUUCAGAAAAUGAGGUAGUUUUAAGUAGGUUAGAUAUUAAAUAUAAGUAUUUUUCCAUACCUAUAGAUGAUAAAAUUCUUUUAGUUCCACUCAUUCAUCACCUUUUUUAUGAUUUUUCAUAGAAUGAAUUUCGAUUAUCUCGUAGAAGAAAUCGAUUCCGAAGUGGAAUGCUCGCAACCUUUGGGCCCCCAAAGAGAUAAACUGUUUAAAACAAAUUCUUACAAUCUCGUUUGCGCUCCUCCAGCAGAACCAUCAGAAAUUGUGGUACCGUCAUCAUCGUCUGGCGACCAUGCAGAUAUAAUCCGGAAGCUGGAUGCAAUUGAGACCCGCCUCACUGCCAUUGAGAAGUCCCUAACAGACAAAAUGCCAGAGAAGGCCGAGGUGCAGGCGCAAAGUAAAUUAUUGCGCGAAUGCCGCGUCAUAGCAGCAAAGACGCAUCAUUCAAUUAGCCGCAUCACCGGUGAUUUGGAGGACGAGCAUUACCUGGAGCUCGCUUCGAAACUACCCAUGUCAUCGGAAGAGCACGUGCGCUUCGUGGAAGAAAAACUUUCCCAAAAGGAAAGCACGGAUGCUAUGAUGCGGCUAAUAUUGAAGUCGAAGGGCGCAAAAGGCAGUGUGGACGGCGUACUACUUGAAGUGUCUAAUUUUACUUUUAAAAAUAUGAAUUUUUACAAUUAUAAUUUUUAUACUCAAAUAACUUGUAUAUAAUUUUUCUGCCGAAUGCAAUAAUAAUAGGCAUAUUAUUAAUUUAAUUAAUAUCUGAUUUUGAUUUUAUUAUUAAAUAAAGCAAAAUAAUUUAAAAAAAUGACUUUUAUUUAAAAGAAUUUAAUUUGCUAGAAGUAAAAAUGGGUAACAGAUAAUCUUGUUACUGCUUGUUCUUCCUAACAUGCUUAUAUGUUAAAGGUAACAAACUAAUAACCAAAAUAAUAACACUAACAGAUAUUCGGGUAACAAAUACUUUUUGUUAUCCAUAACACAUGGGUAAGCUAAGCGCUAACAAAAUAAUUUGUUACCCGUAACAUGCUGUGAAGAGAUUUGCUAACAAAUGUGUGUAUUCUGUAAGAACAAGGCAGCAUGCGAUAUUUGCCAUUGGUUAGAGCGAGAUAGCCAUUGAACAUUAAAUAGCUAUGUGUUACUUUUUUCCCACUCUCUGAACAAAAGUAACAAAUAUUUUAACGAAUGCAAAAGUGAACAAUAACAACUCGUUUACACGUUUGCUAACAACUACCCGUCUUGCAGGGU